AAUGGAUGUAAGGGCUACGAUAUAGAUUUACAAAAACCAUAUAGAUCUUCAGCUAGGAAAUACAAACUGGGAGUACGUCUAAUUAGUAUGUCUAAUACAAAUAGGAUUAUAUUAGUACUACACAUCACGAGUGACAGGAGACGUGGCCUGUUUUGGUCCGUGGCCUGUGUCGGCACCGGUUGGAGCAUUCCAGUUAAAAAAAAGGAUCGACCAGAGGACAGAUUAGGUACGACACCAAAUGCCUCCACUCCCAAAUCACCAGUGCUUGGCCCUGCUCCUCGCCGGUGCCCACGGCCGGCUCCUUCAGCGGCGGCGCGGCCCCUCCGCAGAGGAGGAGGGGAGUUGGGGGGCGGCCUCAUGGGGCGGAGAUCCGCGACACGGCCGGUGAGGCCGAGUGCCUCGGGCGACCAAGUGCCGGCGCGGGCUCCAGCGGGGCGGACAGCCAUGGCUGAUGCAAAGCGGCGGAGGAGCACACGGGCUUCCGGCGAGAGCGUCGGGAGUGCGGACGGCCGCGCUGCUACCUGGCGCUCCUCCUCCUCCACUUCCAGCGCCGGGAGGUUGAGGUCGCGGCGCGCUAGGAGAGCGAGCGUCGGCGCAGCGGCCUCGAUCUCCUCCGUCUUCACCUUCGGCAGGAGGUUGAUGACGAGUCGGGGCUUGGGCGCGUCCAGAGGGACUGCAGCAGGCGGCGAGGAGAACUCCGGCAGUGGGUCGUAGCCCGGCGGCUUGAAGUGCUCCGGGUCCUCGUCAGAUGGCGUCGGGGACGGGAGGCCCGAUCCGUACCCGUAGCCUGGGCAAGAGUACAUCAGCGGCGGAGGCGGCGCUGCGCGAGUUCCUCGUCGGAGAAGUAGCGAUCUGGGUCGUCGACGAGCCAUCCGGCGCUUGGUCUGGCAAGCAUCCACUCCAUGGGCGCAUACACCGGUGGAGGAGGCGGCAGUUCCGUGGCAUCCGUGGUGAUGUUGGAGGCAGAGGCCUCAUCCUCGUACUCGAUUCCGACCCCUACAGCAACCUGUUCAUCGGCAGCGUUUGGUGCGGCAGCAGCCUCUUGGGGCAUGACCAGGACGUCUUCCCUGGGCACAUCCGCCCUGGUACUCGGUCCUGGCGCUCCAAGGGAGUUGCUGCGGUGCACCCGGCGGUGACCACAGUGAAGGCGCUGGCGAUGGACGUGGCGGCGAAGGAGGCCACCACCAGAACCGUAGCGACGAAGAGGAGCACGGUAUGGUGCAUUGCGGCGGCGGAGGCCGCCAUUCCUGUUCAGGCGACGCUGACGGCGGUGGCCGAAGUUCUGACGGCGAGCAGCAGCCAGACCGAAAGUCCGGUGAGGAAAACGGAAGCCCCGGCGUUCCCUUCCACAAAUCGAGCGAAAGCGAAAGCAAGUGACUGCAGGUACUUAUAUGUCCUGAGCCGUCGUGUUUACAUGCCGGUUACAAGGUUCGCGUCGUUUUGGAAAGACACGACGCCGGUUUGAAAAGACAUGACGAUGGUUCGCUAUCUACUGCGUUUGGACAACUCCAGGAUUCUAACCACCGGUUAGAAUAUUCUAAGGAAUCUGCUAAUCGCCUAAUUAGCCAAAUACUAAUACUAUUAGAUUUCUAACAGGUUCCACCACAAGGAACCUAACCAUCUGACCUAUGCUUAGUUCGCAUGUGUCUGAUCUUGAGAUUCGUGGUAUGUUGUCUGUGUGUUUGACAAUUUU